AUGGGUGGAGAUCUGAACCUGAAGAAGUCAUGGCAUCCAGGCUUGAUCAAGAACCAGGAGCGCGUAUGGCUCGAAGAGAAGCGCGCUCUCGACGAGCGCAAACAGAUCGCGCAGCUACGACGUGAACGCGAGGAGGAGCGCCAGAUGGAGGAGAUUCAACGCCUCCAAGAAGCCUCCGGAAAGACAAAGCAAGUCAGCCGGGUCGACUGGAUGUACCAGGCACCCUCGACCGAGACCGGGCACUACUCGGAGGAGAUGGAAGGAUAUCUGCUGGGAAAGCGACGCAUCGAUGGCGUCCUUCUAAAGAACGACCCUGAUACAAAGAAGCUCGAGAAGGGUUCGGAGGUGGUGGGCAACGGUGCGGCGGCCGGCCCAUCUAUUGUCUCGGCGCGCGACACCAUGUCGAAGGUUAUGGCGGACCCGCUACUCGAAGUGAAGAAGAGAGAACAGGCGGCUUAUGAGGCGAUGGUGAAAGAGACGCUCAGACGCAAGGAAAGAGAGAAGGAACGCGGAGAUCGUGAUCGGGGAAAGGAUCGUGACCGUCGCCAUCGCACCCACGACUCAAAGCGCAGACGCUAUAGUGAUGAUGCCGAUGAUGAUCGCCGUGACCGCCACCACCGAAGAUCUUCACCUCGACGACACCGAUCUAGAUCACCCACUUCGCCCGAUCGAUCUUCCCGCAGACACCGAAGUGACCGUGAUCGUGAACGCCGCGACGACGAACACCGCCCAGACACCCGUGAUCGGAGGAGUGACGAGAACCGAUCUCGCCGGGAUGAUAGGGACCGGGGCCGAGACCGUCGCGAUUAUCACGAUAAGAGAGACUCCUACUCCAGCCGACACCAAGAUCGCGACGACAGAGGUGCCCGGCGAGAGCGCUCACUAUCCCGGAAAUCCCGAUCUCCUCGCCCAUCUAUCGAUCGCAAAGAACGCCCCCCGCCGAGGAAGAUCGCCGCCGUGACUUCCCCCGGCGCGAAUACAAUAAUCGACAUGACUCUGCCUGAUCCCAAGGAUCUGGAAGAAGAACGCCGCCGCAAGUUGGCAGAAAUGCAAUCCAACGCUGCAGAAAUUGAAUCAGAGCGACUCCGACGAAUCACGGAGAUAUCUGCCAAGGAGGAAGAGCAGCGGGAGGCUGACGAUAGGCAGCGCUCAGACCGUGGCAGGUUCAUGUCUGAUGUCAAUAAGCGAGUACAGGAGGAUACCCUGGAUGAACGCAUUCGGCGUAGCCGUGGUGGACUUGCGAAGAUGGAGGAGGAUUAA